UUUCACUUUUAACUCUUCACCAUUGCCAGCCAGUGCCAGAGCCAGUAUGCCAAAGCACUCGCCAGCGACCGAAGCCAUCUGGUUCCAGAUCUCCGGCGCGAUUGGCACGCUGCUGUUCUACGCAUUCUACGAAGGGCUCUACCGGAUAGCCGACUUUGAGUGGCAGAAGGCCGCCGUCUGCAACGCGAUCGCCUACGCCGUCUCCAUCAUUUGGCAGCACGCGCUGCAUCGCACGCUCGUGUUUGGCGCCACACCCGGCGUUUCGUACUGGCGCUCGUUGGGAUCGACGUACCUGUGCUACGGAUUGUCCAUUGCAUUGCUUGGUCCGAUCUCGGUCGCGUUGGAUUUUGUCACGGGCAAUCACCAGGUCACCUGGGUCCUUGGCCUGGUUAUCACUGGCGCGAUCAACUACUUUACCGUCAAGCAGGCAUUUGCACCCCCAAAGGGAGCCCAGCUCGACGAGCUUCAUUCGCAAUAAUGCGUGGGCUUUGGUUGUGCAAGUUUCAAGGUCCUUGUCCGACUUGAGUGACAAAACCGUGCGAGGGUUGGCAAGUUCACACAAAUUCACGACGUUCGUUCAAUGAAAUCUCUCGUUGUUGGAUGCGUUUUGCAGUCUGUGGGAGUUACGAGACGGUCCUUCUUUGUCGAAUACAUGUUUGAAAGCUUGCUGGGCAGUGUUUUGGCAUGAGGGGAUUCAGCACGCAGAACCUGUCCACAAAUUGAAAACACUAGUGUCCUUGCU